AUGGGAGAGAUUGAUAAGGAAGAGAUGGACAAGGAAGAAAUUCCACCUAGUGUUAUGGCAAUUUCAAAUUUAAGGUGUCCAAGUCCGCCACCAAUUCUUACUAAUAGUGGUAGAAAUUCAACCGUUUCACCACCAAUAUUCACCAAAACUGAGGAUCCAAACAGACCAACAAUACCAAGUGGUGGCGCUUUAUUAAAUGAUAAAGGGAAGGCUGACAAGGAAAAAGUUGAAGUGGAAGACAAAGAAUUCAAUAGUUUCAUUCAUCAUAAAGGAUUAAUCAUCGAUUCUCCAAUAUCAAAUACUAGUAGUGCUAGUUUAGAUUAUUUAUCAAAUCCUCCAAAAGAGAGUGUUCAUCAUAAAGUACCAUCAGUUCAUGCCCAUUUUUAUGUUGACGAAACCAUUAAACCAAAAAAUCGUUCAAGAAGUGGCAGUAAUACUGCAAGUGCUACUUCAGAUAUGUCAAAUGCCAAUAAAAACGUUGGUAGUUUGGAAAAAUUAGCUAAUACUUCACCAAAAUUGAAUGAUAAUGGUAUAAUAUCGAAUAUAACCAAUUCGAAUCUCAAUUCCAUCAACAAUACCAUCAAAAAUGGUGAACAAAAUGCCAAUAUUGAUCCAAGAUUACCUCAAAAUGAUGGUAAAAUCCAUAUAUUGUUGGGAUGUUGUGGUGCUUUAUCAACAUCGAAAAUAAAAUUAAUCAUUUUAAGAUUAAUCGAAAUUUAUGGAUCCAAAAUCUCUAUUCAAUUAAUAUUAACCAAAUCAUCGGAGAAAUUUAUCCCUAGUGAAACAUUAAAUUAUUUAGAAAACAUCAGAAAAAUAAGAAUCUGGAGAGAUGAAGAUGAGUGGAAUACUUGGAGUUCAAGAUCAGAUCCUGUAUUACAUAUAGAGUUAAGAAGAUGGGCUGAUAUAUUUAUAGUUUGUCCAUUAACUGCUAACACUUUAUCAAAAAUUUCUUUAGGUUUAUGUGAUAAUUUAUUAACUAAUGUUUUGAGGGCUUGGAAUACAUCUUAUCCGAUAUUAUUAGCUCCUUCAAUGGUAAGUUAUAGUUAUAAUGCCAUUACUACUAAAAGACAGUUGAGAUUGAUUUCAGAAGAAAUGCCUUGGAUCGAAAUUUUGAAACCAGUAGAGAAAGUAGUAGGUUCUUAUGGAGAUAUCGGAAUGGGAGGAAUGAUGGAUUAUAAUGAGAUCGUCAAUAAAAUCGUAAUGAAAUUAGGUGGUUACCCUGAAGAGGAUGACGAUGAUGAAAGAAAAAUCGAUGAAACUCUAGUAGAUGAUGAAGACGAUGACGACGACGAUGAUGAUGACGAUGACGAUGAUGACGAUGAUAUUAAUCAAAUCUCAACGGGUGUUUCCAAAGUCUAA